AUGCCGUCUACGGAAGCACCACAGCUCGUCCUGGGCCUUGCAAAUGUCGGCGACACAUCCAAAGACCCCAUGGCCCGAUACGGCACCCCGGAAGCCGUCAAACAACUCUUCGAUGCCUUCUUCAACCGCGGCUACACCAGUCUCGACACCGCACGAAACUACCCUCCCCAUGCCCCCUGCACCGCAGAACCACUCAUCGGCUCAGCCUUGAAAUCCUACAACGAAAACAAACCGCCCUUCACAAUCAGUACAAAGAUACUGCACCGCGGCGAACAUCCUCAUGCCCGCGAAAAGAUCGAGUCAAACAUCACCGAGUCCUUAACGGCCUUGCAACUGCCACAAGUAGAUAUUGAAUAUUUACAUGAACCAGACCGCUCAACACCGUUUGAAGAGACGUGCGAAGCGAUGAAUAAAGCGUAUCUUGAAGGAAAGUUUCGCAGGUUUGGGCUCUCGAAUCAUUCGCCUGAAGAGAUUGAGGAGGUGGUAAAGAUCUGUGAGGAAAAAGGGUAUGUGAAGCCGAGUGUUUGUCAGGGGCAUUAUAAUGCUAUUGCGAGGGCAGCGGAGAAGGAUUUAGUGCCGGUUUUGAGGAAGUAUGGGAUUGCCUUUUACGCGUAUAGUCCAGCGGCAGCAGGCAUGUUCUCCGGCAACUACAAAACAAAAACCGAGGUCGGGAACCGAUACGAUACUACACUCCCCAUCGGCCAACUCUACACAAGAUGGUACAUCCGACCCUCCGUCAUAUCCGCGGUCGAUGCCGCGGUCGAAAUCGCGUCCAAACAUGGCAUCUCCGGCCACGCCGCCGCUCUUCGAUGGGUGGCCUACCACAGUGUCUUAGAUGCCAAGUAUGGUGAUGCUAUUGUCCUGGGUGCAUCGAAGGUUGAGCAGCUUCAGCAGAAUAUGGAUAUUGUUGAGGCUGGGCCAUUGCCGGAGGAGGUGGCUGAGGCGUAUUCUGGGGUUUUUAGUCAGGUGUGA